UAAAGGGAUAAGGAGGGAAAAAGAGAGAGUGCAGAAUUCUUCGAUCGACAGCGAUGCCGGUGGCGAAACCAGAGUCCGGUGAUGCAAGAGUCAUUGCUCACGUCGACAUGGAUUGCUUCUACGUUCAAGUUGAACAGCGGAAGCAACCGAGUUUAAGGGGUUUGCCCUCUGCGGUUGUGCAGUACAACUCCUUCAAAGGUGGGGGCUUGAUUGCUGUUAGCUAUGAAGCUCGCAGCUUCGGUGUCAAACGUUCAAUGCGGGGCGAUGAAGCCAAGGAGGUUUGUUCGCAAAUUCAGCUGGUUCAAGUCCCAGUUGCGCGCGGCAAGGCUGAUCUCAACUCAUAUAGGAAUGCCGGUUCGGAGGUUGUUUCGGUUCUUUCGCAGAAGGGUCGUUGUGAGAGGGCUUCAAUCGAUGAGGUGUAUCUUGACCUAACUGAUGCUGCCCGAGAAAUGUUAAUGGAGUCUCCCCCUGAGAACAUGGGAGUUUUGGAGGAGGAAAUUAUCAAGUCACAUGUUUUGGGGCUUGAAAUUAAGGAUGGAGAUGAUGCCAAAGAAGAAGUUAGGAAGUGGCUUUGUAGGAGCGAUGCUAGUUACCAAGAUAAGCUAUUAGCUUGUGGGGCCUUCAUUGUUGCUGAUCUCAGGAUGGCGGUAUUGAAAGAAACGGAAUUCACAUGCUCUGCUGGUAUUGCUCAUAAUAAGAUGUUGGCUAAACUUGCUAGUGGCAUGAACAAACCUGCUCAACAAACAGUUGUGCCACAGUCAUCUGUGGAAGGGUUGCUUCACUCUUUGCCAAUAAAGAAAAUGAAACAGCUUGGGGGAAAGCUAGGGAGCUCCUUACAAAGUGACCUUGGUGUAAACACCGUUGGUGAUCUGCUUCAGUUUUCAGAGGAGAAGCUACAACAACGAUAUGGGAUCAAUACUGGUACUUGGUUGUGGAAUAUUGCAAGAGGAAUCAGUGGUGAAGAAGUUCAGGGGCGACUACUUCCCAAGAGCCACGGUUCUGGCAAGACUUUCCCUGGGCCUCAGGCUUUGAAAACUAUUGCUUCUGUUCAGCAAUGGCUUAAUGAACUGUGUGAAGAGUUGAGUGAACGCCUUCAUUCUGACAUGGAUCAAAACAAACGAAUUGCGCACACACUGACUCUGCAUGCUAGAGCACAUAAGAAAGGGGAUUCAGAUUCGCCUAAAAAGUUUCCUUCUAAAUCUUGUCCUUUAAGAUAUGGGACUAGAAAGAUUCAAGAGGAUGCGUUAACUCUAUUUAAUGCUGGUUUACGUGAAUUUUUGGGCUUCUACAACAGUAGAACUCAUGGCAGUGAAAGUAACAACUGGAGAAUAACGUCACUUUCAGUUUCUGCUAGUAAGAUUGUCCCCAUACCAUCUGGGACACAUUCAAUAGUUAAAUACUUUGGUGGGAAAUUUCUAUCUGGUUCUUCAUCAAAUCAACCACUAGGUAAUAACAUUGAUGAAGCUGCACCAUCAUCACCUUCAGGUAGUGAAAAUUGUUUGGGAGUAAUUCCCAAUGAGUUACAGCUUGAAUAUCCUGAAGAAGACACAGGAAUAAUGCAUUCAAAAGCUUGUUUGGAUCAACAGGAUCCAUUGUGUAAUUUAUCCUGGAAAGCAGAGGGCUUGACUGAAGAAUCCUCCAUCAUGUCACCCCCAGAAGACAGAAUUACAGAGAGUGAGCCACCCAGAGAUUUACCUGCAAAACAACCUCAGCUUGUUUCCAAUACAUCCAGUUUGAAAGCAGUUGAAAAGAAAAGGACUGUGGAAAAGAAGCCUCAGGGAAAUUGUUCAAUUGUAAAAUGCUUCAAUAAUUACCAUAAUUCCCAGUCAUUAUUCGAGCCGAAGAAUGUUAAAAGUUCUCAUGGUGUUACAGUAUCAACAUCAGCUGGUUCCCAGUCCGCUAGUGAUAAUUAUUUAACUAGUAAUGAGAAUCCUCAUGAAGAGAUUCUUACAAGCAACAGUGAAUGUAGCCUAGCUAAUAUUCCACAAGGAAGGCAAGAUUGGAGCUAUAACAUUGAUGAGAUUGACCCCUCUGUCAUUGAUGAAUUACCACCAGAAAUUCAGGAAGAGUUUAGAACCUGGCGGAGGCCUCAUAAGCGGCCUAAUGUGGUUAAACGAGGUUCUAGUAUUACUCACUAUUUUUUACCUGACAAUAGGAGAUGAAUUUGUUAUUGACUUUGGUCUGUCUAUGGUACAUAUUAUGAGGUUUCGUAAACGUGUAGCUGAUUGGGGAUUGCCUACUUGGUUGAGAAUUUUAUAGGAACCUUGUAAUAUGAUUUUCCUUUUGAUGAAGUGUAAAUAUGCAUGCUUAUCAUUCUUUCCUACAAAAUUCAACAUAGAUUUGCUA